UGCGCCUGGCUUUCGGUGAUACUGGCAAGUGAUUUAAGAUGAAUUUUCUUCUUUCCACAGGCAGCAGCCUGAAGAACAAAUGUAUGGCGCAUUUGGUUUGGAUAAAUAAUGCUACAAGGAGAAAGGACAUUCUUGAGUUAUCUAAGAAUUGUUCAUUCUCUUCAUACUACUCCAGGGUCUUUUUUCUGCCUUCAGCCAGGGAGUGGAGUCCUUAGUUCUUGGAAGGAGUCAUAGCUGUCCCUGAUGGAGGGACUGAAGCUGAGGCAGUGUUGGCAUCCUUUUGGGGAUGUUUUCCCCCACCCUAGUCCUCUGAAGUGGAAGCACUUUCUUUUAGAGUUCUCUGUUAAGGAUGCGUCUCUUUUCUUUAGGGAUUCGACGUUGUUAUAGUUGUAAACACUUUGAUGGAGAGCAUUGCCGCCACCCCAUGAAGAACUGCUGGAAGUUUAAUUGGCUGCCAGACAACAAGAGUUGUUCCACAGAAAACUUUUACUUUCAUGAUCGAGAUUCAGGGAGAUACCUGUUUCGUUAUACAAUUCUGUCUUGCAAGCCUUGCGUAGGAGGAGUAACCAAACUAUACCACGACUUUCACAGAGAAACAUUUUGCUGCGUGAAUGAAAACUUAUGUAAUGAUGGCAGCGCUAACCUUGAUUUAGGACGUGUAUCAUUAGAGGAAGCAAGGUUGAUAGCUGAUCCGCCUAAAGUCCAAGAAGAACCGAACUACUACGAAUGACCCUACAAGAAAACAAAAAGCGCCUGAGUUAGCCACACGAAGAAGUUGCUAUAGCCCAGAAAAACCAAGCUCCUAGACAAUCCAAGCUAUGGGUUGCUAGGCAGAGGGGCUGAAAUUGACAUCAUCUUUCCCAGUAUAUAAAUAAAUAUGCUGUACCUUGUAAGAUCUCCACCUGACCCUGGCUUUGUCUUUUCAUCCUUUUGUGAUCCUUCAUCCCAAGAACCUCAGAAGCUGCUUUGGGCCACAGUAGCAAAAUGCUACAAUAAAAUAGUUAAGAUUUUAAAAUCAUGUCUGGGCACGGUGGUGCACACCUGUAAUUCUCGCACUCAGGAGGCUAAGGA